UUUUACUGUUACUUAAAAUAACUGAGAACACGAAAUUAUUCUUUACCCAAUUUAGCGAAGAAUUGCUGUAGUGAUAUGUUAAGAGUAUUCACGGCAUGCUGAACUUAUAAAAGAUGACAUUACUAGAAUGGAGUGAAGAAGAUUAUUUUGUGAGACCUUUACCGCGUUUUCCUCAACGUAUAGCAGUGGAUGUUUUCUAUGAUCAUCGCAAGUAUCUUCCGGGUGAUGUGUUUCGUUGUCAUAUAGAAAUACGACCUCCUUCUUUUUGUUUUAAUGUUCCCAUGAGUCGACUUGACGAGUUUAAAGAAAACUUUACUCUUGACUUAUUUACCGCUCAAUUCAUAGGAGUUUGUACUGUUAAAGAUGAAGCUUAUUUGCAUUAUUUAAACCUUUAUAAAGAGUCAACUCAAUUAUGUAAAAUAGAACAAAAUCAUUUUUAUUGUCACUUAAAGAAUCAGUGCAAUGAAAUGUAUCCGAAAAUAUCUUCUUUCCAAAAAAAAAAAGACUUGGUUUUCACUGAUUCACUUGAUCAUACGCCCUCAACAAGGGUGUAUCCCGAUAUAUGUUAUGAUCCAAUCCACGAAUCUAACAAGGUUCUCUUUGUCAAAUCAUCACCUCAUUGUAUAGCCGAGAAGCAAAGUUUUUUUCCUACUGAAGAGUCUUUCGAUGACAGUCAAGAGAUGGUUGCAACAUAUGCAUUCGAGUGUUUGAUUCCAUUAGACAUUCCCCCAACGUUUAUCGGUGAUAUUUUUAGUUAUACGUAUUUUAUAUCUUUUGUCAUGUCGCGGAAUCGAUCCUGUGCAGAAAAAAUAUUUCAUAUUCUUGCACCUGUUAUUCUUGGGGGAUCACAUCAUUCUAAUACAUCUCAACCCAAAUGUAUUGUGGAUACCUGUUUUGACAAUGGAUCACCUGAUCAACAAAGGAAACUAUCUUAUAAAAAUACACCCUACAGUACAUUCAAUUUUCGCAGUCAUUCAUGGAAAGGAGGUACACCUCAACAUCAGUAUAAAAAAUUACAGCCGUUAACUACAAAAACAGUAAUACCUUACGCAUUAGAAAGUUUGAAAGAAUGGUACUACCCAACAUCCGAAUCUAGGAUAGAAGUCGUUGCGGCAUUAAAUGAACUUGGAAAAUAUACGUCGAACGCGACUGCAGUAUCAUCUCACCAAAUUCUGCAUAUGGCUGAAGACACUGUUCGUCUUUCAUACCAGUCCAAUUUGAUUGCUGAAUUACAUUUAUUUAAAAAUAAUGAAAAAUUGCAACACUCCUCCAAUAAAAAAUUAGAUCCUUUGUUUAAGGUUUAUGAUCCUACUUAUUAUGUGACUGUGUAUACGGGAGAUGAAUUUAUAAUCCAUUUUGAUUUUACUAAUGCAGUGCACAAAACUUUUGAGAUUCAUUCAUAUAUAAUUCGUGAAGAAAUUCCGCGUGAAGAUUCUCGUGAAAAAAACAGCAUCUUCCCUUUUCAACGCCUUUUUCAAUCAAAAAGAAAUACAACGGAUGUUCAUAGGAAAAUUAUAUUAUGUGAUAAACAAAUUGUUGUAAAUCAAACACAAUGCACAGUUUUUUUCCCGAUUUCAUCUUCGUGGUGUCCAACAAUGUCGUCUACCUUAGUGAAAGUGAAAUAUUUCCUUUUAUUUAAACUUUUAUGUGCUCCUCUUGCUUCCCAACUCUCAGACGAAAUUCUUCAAGUGUUCUGGACUACAGGGAUAAAUAUAUUCACUCAACAUACAACAAACGACCAUGGUAUGGAUUUUUCUUGUGAUAUCUACAAAACGGAAGCUACUAACGAUGAAAAAAAUGAAAACCUUUUUCCAAUGUACUCGAAUGUUGAGAACAUAUGUAAUUUUGGUCCUCGGGCGUAUCAGGCUCACAAGGCAUUUUUAAUAUGAUAUCGA